UAGCCGCAGCCGUCCGUCGGGAAGCUAACAGCAAAACAUGCUAACGGACGCUAAUAGCGGCCGGUUCUUUAAAAAAAAAGAGGACAGGUUAGUGACGUCAUAUUCGUUAAAACUCGGCCAACCUUUGACCUACUGGACACACCGCAGACCCAGGCGCGUUGUCAUGGUGAUCCCAGAGUCGCAGGUGUUUCCGGUGUGCGUUUUUAAAUAGCGGGUUCUACUUUAUGUGUUUGGCUGUGAGAGGCGGCGGAGGGAUACAGGGCACCGACACUGGCAGACAGGUGGAAGAAGUACUCGGAUACUCUAACAGCACUGAAAGUACUGUGUGAAUACUCCGUACUGCAGUAAUCAGUUGGGGAUCAUAAGUUCAGCGCCCACCGGAUCGUGCUGGCGGCCUCCAUCCCGUACUUCCACGCCAUGUUCACCAACGACAUGGUGGAGUGUAAACAGGACGAGAUCCUGAUGCAGGGCAUGGACCCCAGCGCUCUGGAGGCUCUCAUCAACUUUGCGUACAGCGGCCAUGUUGCGAUCGACCAGCAGAACGUGCAGUCUCUUCUGAUUGGCUCGAGCUUUCUGCAGCUGCAGAACGUCAAAGAUGCCUGCUGCUCCUUCCUGCAGGAGAGGUUACAUCCAAAGAACUGUCUGGGCGUCCGUCAGUUUGCAGAGACGAUGAUGUGUACGACUCUGUACGACUCAGCCAGCAGCUUCCUGCAUCAGCACUUCCUGGAUGUGUGUGUGUCUGAAGAGUUUCUGUCUCUGAGGACGGAGGAGCUGCUGGAGCUGGUCGGCUGUGACGAACUCAACAUCAAAGCAGAGGAACAGGUGUUUGAGGCCGUGCUGGCCUGGGUUCACCAUGACCGAGACUUGAGGGAGUCGCUGCUGCCGGAGCUGCUGUCAAAGAUCCGACUUCCUCUGUGUCGGCCUCAGUUCCUGUCGGACCGAGUCCAGACCGACGAACUUGUACGCUGCUGCCAUAAAUGCAGAGAUCUGGUGGACGAAGCCAAAGAUUUCCACCUGAUGCCGGAGCGUCGUCCUCACCUGCCGGCCUUCAAAACCAGACAGAGAUGCUGCACAACCAUCACGGGACUCAUCUACGCUGUGGGGGGACUCAACAGCUCAGGUGACUCUUUAAAUGUGGUAGAAGUCUUUGAUCCGAUUGGUAACUUCUGGGAGCGCUGUCAGCCAAUGAGGACGGCUCGCAGCAGAGUGGGCGUGGCUGUGGUCAACGGGCUGCUGUACGCCAUCGGAGGAUACGACGGCCAAUCACGACUCAGCACGGUGGAGGUUUACAACCCGGAGACGGACAGCUGGACGCGCGUAUCCAGCAUGAACAGCCAGCGCAGUGCCAUGGGAACGGUUGUGAUUGACGGACACAUCUACGUGUGCGGCGGCUACGACGGGAAAUCCUCUCUGAACUCUGUGGAGAGUUACUCUCCAGAGACGGACCGGUGGACGGUGGUGACGGAGAUGAGUGCCAGUCGCAGCGCUGCUGGUGUGACUGUGUUUGACGGACGCAUCUUUGUCUCUGGCGGCCAUGACGGUUUACAGAUCUUCAACACGGUGGAGUCCUACAACCACCACACUAACCGCUGGCACCCGGCGGCGCCCAUGAUGAACAAGCGUUGCCGGCACGGCGCGGCGGCGCUGGGCAGCAGCAUGUACGUGGUGGGGGGGUACGACGGCUCCGGUUUCCUGAGUGGCGCCGAGGUCUUCGUGUCGGCGGCGGGCCAGUGGAGCGAGCUGCCCGCCAUGAACACACGGCGAAGCCGGGUCUCGCUAGUCGCCACGUCGGGACGGCUGUACGCCGUCGGCGGCUACGACGGCCAGUCCAACCUCGGCUCGGUGGAGACGUACAACCCCGACACGGGCCGCUGGACUUUCAUGACGCCCAUGCUGUGCCACGAGGGGGGGGUCGGCGUCGGCUGCAUACCGCUACAGCCCGCCUAGAACGCACCAAUCACAGCGCAGGAUUCUAACCUUUCUCUUACUGACGCUGCAGGCGGCGCGCUACGCUGCCGGCGCAAAUCUGAGCUUUAUCGGUACGACGGCCGCGCUCAGACACGCACACUGACGCCACGCCUGGGGGAUUAUGGGUAAAAA